ACCAUCGGGUGGAGUGGGUUUGUUGUUACGUCUUGCGUGUUGACACCGUCAAUUUCGAUCCGCGUAUACGUGCCAGUGACACUUGUCAGUGGCGGCAGCUGUCCGCGCGGAGAGACAUGCGAGGCUGAGAGAGAUACGUAGAUACAUUGCGAUUAGCUUCCGUAAAUCCGUCGCGCCGAUCGUUACCGUUUGAUUUAUCACCACGCGCUUCACGCGUACGCACGCACAUUCUCACGGACACGUAUCAAAAUCGGAGUGUGUACGUGCGCGCACCGAUCACCAGGAGACCGUCAGCAAUCUGCCAACCGGUCCGUUUCUCGCGCGAAGAGAGAAUUUUCGGACUCGAGAAACGGAUGUGCAAGCGGCGUUUUUAACGCGUAAGAACAGACGAAAUCGCGUAUCAUCGCAUCAGGCUGUGCUUUCGCAACAAGAGGAUCCGAUUCAUCUAAAGCCGAGCGACGAGGAGGAGAGUCCACAGCCACCGCCGCGAGGAAAUGAGAAUGGCCAUGAAUAAUUCACUCAGCUAAAGCGGCCAACGUGGAAGUUUCUCCUAUUUGGUCACCGAGAGAGAGAGAGAGAGAGAAAGAGAAAGAAAGAGAGAGAGAGAGAGAAAGGAGAGAGAGCGACUCUAGGACGACGGCAUCGAGAUGGGCGAGCUUUUGGGAUCCGCGAGCUUCCUUCACCUCGGCGAUAUCGUCAGCCUCUACGCCGAGGGAAACGUGUCCGGGUUUCUCUCCACUUUGGGAUUGGUCGACGACAGAUGCGUAGUAUGUCCCGAGGCGGGAGAUUUAACGAAUCCGCCGAAGAAAUUCAGAGAUUGCCUCUUCAAAAUAUGUCCUAUGAAUCGAUAUUCCGCUCAAAAGCAAUUUUGGAAGGCGGCGAAACAGAGCACGAGUUCGGGUACAGACGCUGGGUUGCUCAAAAGACUUCACCAUGCAGCCGAGAUCGAGAAAAAACAAAACGAGACUGAAAACAAGAAACUCUUAGGCAGCGUAGUUUCGUACGGUAACGUCAUACAGUUGCUGCAUCUCAAGUCCAACAAAUACCUGACGGUGAACAAAAGGCUUCCGGCGUUGCUGGAGAAGAACGCGAUGAGAGUUUACCUGGACGCGAACGGCAACGAAGGCUCGUGGCUCUAUAUAACGCCGUUCUACAAGCUGCGGAGCAACGGCGACAGCGUUGUUGUCGGUGACAAAGUGAUCCUGGAACCGGUGAACGCGGGUCGGCAGGGUCUUCAUGUAGCCGCCAAUUACGAGCUGAGCGACAAUCCCGGCUGCAAAGAGGUCAAUGUUGUGAACACGUCCACUUCCUGGAAAGUGACACUUUUUAUGGAGCACCGAGAAAAUCAAGAAGAAAUUCUCAAGGGUGGUGAUGUGGUGCGACUGUUUCACGCCGAGCAGGAGAAGUUCCUGACGAUGGAUGAAUACAAGAAGAAGCAGCAUGUGUUCCUCAGAACGACAGGAAGAACCAGCGCAACCGCGGCUACCAGCAGCAAGGCCUUGUGGGAAGUGGAGGUGGUGCAACACGAUCCGUGCAGAGGAGGCGCCGGCCACUGGAAUUCGCUUUUCAGAUUCAAACAUCUAGCGACCGGUCAGUAUCUCGCUGCUGAGAUUGAUACGGACGAGCCACCAGAACGUGUAAAAGGCAAGCGCGAACCACCUGGACCGGUCUACAGAUUAGUAUCGGUGCCGCACAGCAACGAGAUUAGCUCAUUAUUCGAACUAGAUCCCACAACUCUAACGCGCGGCGAUAGUCUAGUACCGCAAUCGUCCUUUGUUAGGUUACAUCACAUAUGCACGAAUACGUGGGUCCAUUCAACAAGCGUGCCGAUCGAUAAGGAUGAUGAGAAGCCCGUGAUGUCGAAGGUGGGUUGCGCGAUUAGUAAGGAGGAUAAAGAGGCUUUCGCGUUGCGAUCCGUAUCGCCGGUCGAGGUGCGUGAUUUGGAUUUUGCGAAUGACGCUUGUAAAGUAUUGACGGCUAUGAGCAGCAAACUAGAAAAGGGAACUAUCUCGCACAACGAGCGGCGGGCCGUCAUCAGCUUGCUGCAGGACAUCGUGUACUUUAUAGCCGGCUUGGAAAACGAACAGAACAAAUCCGAGGCGUUAGAACUAAUCGUCACUAAUGCCGUGAGGGAUCGUCAGAAAUUAUUGCGCGAGCAAUAUAUUCUUGGCCAGUUGUUCAAAAUAUUGCAGGCUCCAUUCCUGGAAUCCGCGGAAGGCGAAGGACCAUUUCUCAGAAUAGAGGAGCUUAACGAUCCGAGACACGCGCCGUAUAAGUACAUGUUCCGUCUGUGCUAUCGAAUACUCAGGCUCUCUCAGCAGGAUUAUAGGAAGAAUCAGGAAUAUAUUGCCAAACAUUUCGCGUUUAUGCAAAAACAAAUCGGCUACGAUAUUCUAGCGGAGGAUACCAUUACUGCGCUUUUGCACAACAACAGGAAGUUGCUAGAGAAGCAUAUAACAGCUGCCGAAAUAGAAACGUUUGUGGGUCUUGUGAGAAAAAAUAUGCGUAACUGGCAGUCGAGAUUUUUGGAUUAUCUGUCGGAUUUGUGUAUCUCCAACAAGAAGGCAAUAGCCGUAACGCAGGAGUUAAUUUGCAAAAGCGUGCUCAGCGAAAAGAACAAGGACAUUUUGAUAGAAACCAAAAUGGUGAAGACGCAGAUGGAAGUCGAGGAUAUCGAUGAGAAGCAAGAAAAUACCGAACCGAAAACCACAGUCAUAGAGGAGUUCAACGUCAUAUUGGAAUGGCAUAAUGAAUCCAAAUCUUUGAACGAGCUGUCACGAGGAGCGAAAAUGGGAAAUGCUCAGGACGCGGCGAUAUUAGAUUAUUACAGGCAUCAAUUAAAUCUCUUUAGCAACAUGUGCCUGAACAGACAAUAUUUAGCAUUAAAUAAUUUGUCGCCGCAUUUGGACAUCGAUCUUAUACUCAAAUGCAUGGAAGACGAAACGGUCCCGUACGAACUGCGCGCAUCGUUUUGCCGACUUAUGCUGCAUCUUCACGUGGACAGAGACCCGCAGGAACAAGUGACUCCUGUGAAGUACGCGCGUCUUUGGUCGGAAAUCCCAUCGAAAAUGAGUAUAAACGAUUACGAUACAAACAAAAUGCCGGAUGAAAACAAAGAAGCGGUUCGUACCAAAUUUAGUUCGACGAUCACGUUUGUUGAGGAUUAUCUCUGUAACGUGGUUGCAAAAAUGUGGUCUUUCGGAGAUCAAGAGCAGAAUAAACUUACGUUUGAGGUUGUUAAAUUAGCGCGCGAUCUAAUUUACUUCGGAUUCUAUAGCUUUAAUGAUCUGUUGAGCUUAACAAAGACGUUGCUUAGUAUUCUGGAUUGCGUGUCCGAGAACGAAUCGACCGAUGGGAAACUACCUACGGGUGAUAUUGAUUCCGAUACAGUGGAUUCUGAGGAGGCAGCUGAAGGAGGCAUUCUCAGAUGCAUCGGCGACAUGGGUGCUGUGAUGACGAGUUUAACAUUAGGACCGGCCGGUCAAGUGCUACCAAGCUCCUCUCCAAGACCAAAGCCACUAAUGAAAAAGGAAUAUCCCUUGGUGAUGGACACCAAGCUUAAAAUAAUCGAAAUUCUUCAGUUCAUUUUAGACGUUCGAUUGGACUAUAGAAUUUCUUGUCUCUUGAGCAUAUUCAAACGCGAAUUCGAUGAGACAGCGUCAACGGCUUCUGAGAAAACUGGAGAUGUAACUCUAGGACAAAAGACCAUUGAUUUAGAAUCAAUUGGCGCGCAAGCAGAAGGAAUAUUCGGCAGCAGCGAGGAAUGUGCAGCGCUCGAUUUAGACGGUCAAGGUGGUAGAACAUUUUUGCGCGUUUUACUGCAUUUGGCAAUGCACGAUUAUCCUCCAUUGGUCUCUGGAUCUUUGCAUUUGUUAUUUAGACACUUUAGUCAAAGACAAGAAGUUCUGCAGGCGUUUAAACAGGUGCAGCUUUUAGUUUCUGAUAGCGACGUAGAGUCUUACAAACAGAUAAAAGCGGACUUGGAUGUUUUGCGUCAGUCCGUCGAGAAGUCCGAGCUGUGGGUGUACAAGUCCAAAGCGACAGAGGAACAUGGUAACAAAAAGAAAAAAAGUAAAGAAGAGGAGGACGAAGCGCCUCGCAAAGCGCCUCCCUUAUCUAUAUCGGAUAAACAAGGUUCUGCUAUCGAUCUGGAUAUCGGACCGCCAUUACACGCCGAUCAAGCUGAAGAAUAUAGAAAAAUUCAGCAGAUACUAAUAAGAAUGAACAAACUAUGCAUUCAAACUCUACCGGGUGGCCAGGUGAAGGCACGCAAACAUGAACAAAGACUUUUGCGAAAUGUCGGGGUACACACUGUGGUGUUAGAUCUGUUGCAAGUUCCAUUCGACGCCAAGGAAGACGUCAGGAUGAACGAAUUGAUGCGUUUGGCGCACGAUUUUUUACAAAACUUUUGUCUGUCCAAUCAACAGAAUCAGAUUCUUCUGCACAAGCAAUUGGAUCUCUUCUUGAAUCCCGGUAUAAGAGAAGCGCAGACAGUGUGCAGUAUAUUUCAGGACAAUUCCAUUCUGUGCAAUGAGGUCAGUGCGAAGGUCAUACAGCACUUUGUACAUUGCAUAGAGACGCACGGAAAGCACGUGCAGUAUUUGAAGUUUCUGCAAACUAUAGUAAAAGCUGAAAAUCAGUUCAUCAGAAAGUGUCAAGAAAUGGUGAUGCAAGAGUUAGUUCAAGCAGGAGAAGAUGUUUUGAUUUUUUACAAUGAUAGGUCUUCCUUCAAUCAUUUCGUAGAAAUGAUGCGAUCUGAAAGACAUCGAAUGGAUGAAAGCAGUCCUCUUCAAUAUCACGUAGAAUUGGUGAAACUUCUAGCUUGUUGUACGAUGGGCAAAAACGUAAACACUGAAAUUAAAUGUCACAGUCUCUUGCCACUGGAUGAUAUUGUGGCUGUCGUAUCGCAUCCGGACUGCAUACCAGAAGUCAAGGAAGCAUAUAUCAAUUUUCUCAAUCACUGUUACAUUGAUACGGAAGUAGAGAUGAAGGAGAUUUAUACUUCUCAUCAUAUGUGGUCUUUAUUCGAAAAGUCUUUUAUAGUUGAUAUGGGUUUAAUUGCUUCGUCCACUCAUGAUCGGGAACACGCGGACACAGCUUUGGAGACUUACGUGACGAGUUGUUUAAUGAACAUCAUAUCUACGUUUUUCAGCAGUCCGUUUUCCGAUCAGAGCACGACCGUACAGAAACAUCUGCACGAGGCUAGACUGUAUUGGAACAUCAAGGAGUGCGAUCGGAAUACAGAUAAUAAUCUUUCUGGCGAUACAAGGCAACCUAUAUUUGUUCAGUUGCUUCAUGCAGCUUUUAAAGUAUCUCAGUGUACAUGGUUAAAUGCCGGACAGAGAUUUAACGUCGAAAAUUGUAUACGGACAUUGUCAGAUGUAGCUAAAGGAAGAGGCAUUGCCAUACCGACUGAUCUGGAAUGCCAAGUUGCUUCCAUGUUCAAUAAAGCAGCUAUGCUCAGUAGACAGACCAGCAAGUGGUUGCAGGCUGCUAAGCAACCAAAGAUUGAACGUAGCCAAAGCCAGAGUGACCUACUUUAUACUGAGGAAGGCUCUGACAAUGAGCUGAUGCGUCUCGACCGAAGUAUUAUAGAAGGUCUACAGGACAUAGUCUCUCUCUUGGAGGAACAGUUAAAACCUUUAGUGCAGUCCGAGUUAUCCUUGUUAGUGGACAUUCUCUACCGGCCCGAAUUGCUGUUUCCUGCAGCAACUGACGCCCGAAAGAGAUGUGAAAAUGGUGGUUUUAUCAAGAGAUUAAUCAAACACACCGAGAAAUUGUUAGAAGAGACGGAAGAGAAAUUAUGCGUAAAAGUUUUAAGGACACUUAGGGAAAUGAUGGCUAUCGAUCCUGAAUAUGGAGAAAAGAACGAAGUUAUCUCGGAAGAGAAGGAGUCAGAAACGAUGGGCGAGUCACGGGUUGGAACAGAUUCCAAUGAUCAGUCUGAGAAUCGACAAAUGAUUCAGCAAGAUCCGGGGAACGCACUGAGAAACAAUCUUCUGACGCGUUACUUCGGCAAAAGUUUCAUGCAGAAACCGGAGAAUGUUGACAUUGGCGUGUCCCGUAGCGCGACUGUCACUCAUGGUCCAGGAGCGAAGAUAUUGAGUCGUGCUGGCAGAACGUUGCACGAUGUACAGACGCAUCUGGAUCGCGAAGGUGCUUCGGAUUUGGUGGUCGAAUUGGUGAUUAAGAGCGUACAUUCGCCAAGUAUAUUUGUCGAAGCCGUCGAGUUAGGUAUAGCGUUGUUGGAAGGUGGAAAUCCUAUUAUACAGAAAAGUAUAUUCAAUAAAUUAAUGAGUGGCGACUUGAGCCAGGCGUUCUUCAAGGUGUUUUACAAUAAAAUGGACGAAUCUCGGCAAGAAAUUAAAGCUACCGUGACGGUGAAUACAUCCGACAUGGCAGCCAAAGUGCACGAAGACAAGGAAGGCAAGGAUGUGGACAAAAUGUCGCGAAAACGUGGAUCAAUAAAACCUAAUGGAAUGGUAAUAACUGACGAAAUUCGCGAAGAGUUAAAUCAGGCGUCUAACGGACAGGCGUACGUAAACAUGAGAAACGGUGUCGCACCGGGUGAGGACAUGGCGAACAACGUGAAUCUCGGAGCGUUAGACGAUUUAAGUGAAAAAUUAGAUAAGAAUAAAAGCGGCACUGCUUCCGCUGAGAAGGACGAGGGACAGUUGAGCUCAAAAGUUUUAGUUAUGCAGCCAAUUUUGCGUUUUUUGCAAUUGCUCUGCGAAAAUCACAACAGAGAAUUACAGAAUUUCUUACGAAAUCAAAACAACAAAACAAAUUACAACUUGGUGUCGGAGACACUCAUGUUUCUGGAUUGCAUAUGCGGCUCGACCACCGGUGGAUUGGGUCUUCUUGGUCUGUACAUCAACGAGUACAAUGUAGCGCUGAUCAAUCAAACUUUGGAAACGUUGACAGAAUACUGUCAAGGUCCGUGUCACGAUAAUCAAAACUGCAUCGCUACGCACGAGUCCAAUGGUUUAGAUAUUAUAACAGCGUUGAUACUGAACGAUAUCAAUCCUCUGGGCAAAACCAGAAUGGAUUUAGUACUGGAGUUAAAGAAUAACGCCAGUAAAUUAUUGUUGGCCAUUAUGGAGAGCAGAGGUGACAGCGAGAACGCCGAAAGAAUUAUGUACAAUAUGAAUCCGAAACAACUCGUGGAUGUGGCAUGUAAGGCUUUCCAUCAGGAAUCGAAUCAGGAUGUCAGUGAUGUCGACGAUUCUUCGACCAUCGGAGAGGAAGGAGUGUCGCCUAAAGAAGUCGGACAUAACAUUUAUAUUCUGUGCCAUCAAUUAGCGCAACACAAUAAAGAACUGGCGACGAUGCUGAGACCAUCUGAACAGAAUAACGCCGAUCCGAAAAUUAAUAAAGCCCUGCAAUAUUAUGCAUCUCAUACAGCUCAAAUAGAAAUUGUCAGACAUGAUAGAACACUAGAACAAAUUGUGUUUCCGAUCCCGGAGAUUUGCGAACUUAUAACUGUGGACACAAAAAUAAGAGUGUUGAACACGACCGAACGGGACGACCAAGGAUCAAAAGUUUCCGAUUUCUUCGAAAGGACGGAAGAUAUGUUUAACGAAAUGAAAUGGCAGAAGAAGCUUAGAGGACAACCGAUGUUGUUCUGGAUGAGCAGUUAUAUGUCACUAUGGAGUAACAUUUUAUUCAAUUGUGUCGUUCUUAUCAAUCUUAUUGUAGCGUUUUUCUAUCCGUUUGUAGAUUCUGCGUUUGAGCUCAAGUAUCACUUGUCAGCUCUAAUUUGGGCCGUCAUGAUUAUAUCCGCCAUUAUUGUUGUUACUUUGCCAAGAGAAUCCGGUAUACGCACGUUAGUCGCGUCAACGAUAUUACGAAUGAUUUUCUCUGUAGGUCCAGAACCGACGUUGUGGUUACUCGGUUUUGUUACGAUCAUACUAAAAGUUGUACAUCUCAUAAGUAUUAUAGGAAAUCAGGGUACUAUGACUAAAAAUGUAGAACAAAUAAUAACAAAUAUCGAACUUUUGUAUCACAUGAUGUAUCUAAUGUUUUGUGUUCUUGGAAUUUUUAUGCAUCCGUUUUUCUACUCGGUUUUACUUUUCGACGUUGUUUACCGCGAGGAGACUUUGCUCAAUGUAAUAAAAUCGGUGACCCGAAACGGAAGAUCCAUUAUACUCACUGCUGUGCUAGCUUUGAUUUUAGUCUACUUGUUUUCCAUUAUCGGAUAUAUGUUCUUUAAGGACGAUUUUCUCGUGCCGGUCGAUGAGGAAAUCAUAUCGUCUGUUGAACAGCAGAUUGCGGAUGCUUGCAGUAUUAGUGACAAGGAAAAGUGUGAAGCAACAGAGACAUUGUCACAGUACGCUCGCGAAAUGAUUGAACAACAAAAGAGAAAAACCGAGUUGGUCAAUGUCGGUGGAGAGAUGAAGGAACGAGCUUGCGACUCUCUUGUUAUGUGCAUUGUUACUACGUUAAAUCAGGGAUUGAGAAAUGGCGGUGGAAUUGGAGAUAUUUUACGAGCACCUGCCAGUAUUGAACCUCUGUUUGUUGCAAGAGUAGUAUACGAUUUGCUAUUCUUCUUCAUUGUCAUAAUUAUCGUUCUGAAUCUUAUCUUUGGUGUUAUUAUCGACACAUUCGCUGAUCUUCGAUCGGAAAAGCAACAAAAGGAAUUGAUUUUGAAAAAUACUUGCUUCAUCUGUGGUCUAAAUAGAUCAGCUUUCGACAACAAGACAGUUUCCUUCGAGGAACAUAUAAAACACGAACAUAAUAUGUGGCAUUAUCUCUACUUCAUUGUUCUGGUGAAAGUGAAAGACCCGACGGAAUUCACUGGACCGGAGUCAUACGUUUACGCCAUGGUUAAGGAUCGUAAUCUGGAAUGGUUCCCGAGAUUGCGGGCCAAAUCGUUAGCGGCGGACGAAGGCGAAGGGGAACAGGUGGAAUUACGAAGUUUGCAAUCACAAUUAGAAUCUACGCAGCAAUUAGUUAAAUGUUUGUCCCAGCAACUCACGGAGCUUCGUGAUCAGAUGACGGAGCAAAGGAAGCAGAAACAACGGCUGGGCCUCCUGAAUUCUGCUUCUGCAGUCCUACACAAUGUACCCACGUAAACCUAAGACGCGUAUUUCGUAGUUUCUUCGUUAUUCCGAAUGAAUCUCAGUUUGAUACUCCGAGAUAGUAUGUAAUGAUAAUAUUUGUGUGUUCUUAAUAGGCAUUUAAAGACACGGGAAUAGACACUGAACCCGGAUAACCCGGCGCGUUUUUACGGUUUUUGUUCCUAAUUAUAAUGAAAGUAAAGUACACUUAGGGCAUUAUAACAUAUAUUAUCAUUGUUUUUUUAUUAGAAGGGCUUUCAAUCCUGCGUAUCGGUCAAUCAUCGAGGAACCAAUAUACCGUAAAUAUUAUACUUUGUUUACUAGUGUAUAAAAUUCUUAUUAAACGUAUAUAUAGAAGUUAAGCGUAUGUAUCUAACUGAUUGCAAAGAAAGAGAGAAAUAGAACAGAUAUAAAUUACUUAGAACACUUCUCCACAUCUACUGAAAUAUGGUAAUAUUCCACUGUCUUUUAGGAUAAUUUCUUUUUUAUGUGAUCAGAGUUCGUUUAUAAUAUAUAUCUUAUAGUUUCGCUUUAACAUAAUAUAUAUAUAUCCACAUUGAAGUGUGUACAUCAAACAAAGAUUAUAGUAUCAGCUGUUUUAUAACAGUUAAGAAUUUUUUAUUUUAUAUUAUCGAAGAUAUGGUUGUGUUGCACAUUUCAUUUGUUUUUAUAAAACUGUUUUUAAAAUCUAAGAAGAGAUAUAUAUUCAAACUGCAUUUGUAAAUUUGUACAGAAGAGAUUUUCUGUGUUAUACAUUGUUUAAUUAACAUGUAUAUAAAUAUACAUGUAUGUAUAUAGAUUAUAUAUCUGUUCAUAAUUCAUGAAAAAAUUUUCUAUCAUUGUGUCAUGUUGUUCCCGAUUAUACAACCAAUUAGUAUUUGUUCUAUAUAUGUGAAUAUGUGUUAAUGAAACGUUAUACAAAAUAUGUACGUUGUUAAUGAAAUUACAUAAUAUUUUGUAAUGAUGUGCUCAAGGUUUUUCUUAAUUUCAUAAAAGAAAAAUAUAUUGUUGAAGUUUGUAUCAUUAGAUAUUUCUAGUGAAACAAUUGUUAAUGAUAAUUUAACAGCGCGAUAUUACCACUUGACAGAGAGAGCAAAAUUAGGGAACAAUCGAUUUUAUCGCACACAAUAUACAUAUAUAGGAAAAGGUGUUUUGAAACUUCAGAUAUUACGACGGACUUUUAGCACGUUGAUGUCCAAUUGUCAUUCGUUGUUAAUAUAUUGAUGAACAUAUAUAUAGUUGAAAAUACUAUAAAGUUUUAUCAAACUGUGUUAUAUUAUGAGAUGUAGGUGCAUUUUACCUGAACACUGCGUGCCACAACUAUGUUAUUACGGAGUUUUAAGAGUUUAUUGAUAUUUUUAAAGUUCAUGAUUUUUAAAGUUUUACGUCUGUAUACGAAUAUAUAUAUGUAUAUGAAACGUUAUACGAAAUUAUUAUGAACGUUAUAAACGUUAUACACAAAUUAUAUACAUAUAUAUGUUAUGUACUAUAUAUACAUAUAUCUAUUCCUUUCUAAUGUAAUAUCGAGUAUAUAACGUAAUGUAUAUAUAUAUUAUUAGAUACCAUAGUGUCGCGUCUUAGAAAUGAAACGAUGUCACUUAAGAGCAUAUCACUUUUUAUGCUGCCAUAUGCAUCGUUGAUUAUUAUUAUUGAUCACAUAUUGUUAUCAAUCUCCUCAUAUUCUCUUUUCUUUAUGUCAGAUAUACCAGAAAUGUUAUGUACUUUUAAGAUCUUCGAAUGAGAACUUAACUUGUGAGAUAUAUAUAUAUGUUAUUUCUAAUAUCUGGACGUACGGUCUUAUUAUAUAAAUAUUGUAGUUAUACUGGAUGUAGAUUGCGUUCUUAUAUAUACUUACUUGUGAAUAAAUUAUGUUUUUUUAACUAA